ACUCCAAUUUUGUACUUGAGUUUUAAUAAGAUAGAUGCCUGCAAAUCAACGAUAAGUUGGGCCAAAUCACAUUUAAGCUUAUUUUUGGGUCAAAACUAUUGAUAAAACAUAACUAAGGAAUAAAAUCAUACAAAUCUCAAGUUUAGCAAUAUCCUAAUUUUGAAAGAACAAAUAUAAAUGUUUUGUUUCCUACUUAUAUGAUUGUAUGGUCUCAUUAUAUAUCACCCACUUUCUACCGAACGGUCCACGAAUGUAAAUCUGCGUAUUUGUUUUGUUUACAUAUGCAAAAUGUUUUCCAUUUCGAAAAAUAAAAAUAGACUUAUAUUUCACUUUUGUAUGGUGGAACAUAUUUCCUAAAGAUAGCUUAGAGCAGCCCCAUUAGAGGUUUUAGACAGGUUCAUGGGCUCAGUAUCAUAGGGCCGGACCAUUAAAAAUAAAGAUUAAAUGGGUUAUUUCUCGCGACCCGCCCCUUACGAGUGACCCCGUCCGAUACGGGUUCACACCACGUGUCGCGAAUUGAUUGGAGACGCGGCGUCGACGUCACGCGGUGGAAAGGGGAGAGAGAUUCAUUUCUCUCUUUUGUCUCGAAAACUCUAGGGUUUCUUCCUCCCGGCGAAACCCCGUGCGACGACGAUCUCUGUCCCUAUUUCUCGAAUUUGCUCCAUCGAUUCGACGAGUUAUUGUCUCCUCUACUAACAGAGAUGGAUCCCUCAGCCGAGAUAACAGAUUUUAAGAGGAAGCAGGAGUUCAUCGACCACCUGUACAACGUUGCCGAUUCGUCAUAUGGGAUGCCGACAAGCUGUCCGUGUGGUGGUAGAAUCAUCGACGAGGUUCGGGUGAAGGAGGAGUACGACACGCGUCCCGGGAAGCGCUUCUUCAGCUGCAUAAACUACGAGGCUGAUGGGUUGCAUUACCGUCAGCCUUGGGUUAUAGGUGUCCAGGAGGAGAUGGUACGCAUGCGUGAGCGUGUGGAUGAGGCUGUUGAGAUCAUCAAAUGUGUGCCCAUUCUCACUAAACAGAUCGACAGUCUUGAGGUUUGUGAACACUUUUUAUCUCUUUGGGUGAUCAUCAAAUUUGAGAUCAUCAAAUUUGUGAACACUUUUUACGUUUUUAUAAGUGAGUUACAAGUUUUCUUUAUCUCUUAUGUAGGCACAGGUUAAGAGGCUCACAUUGCUGCUUGAUAAGCUCACUGGUGACGUCUAUAACCUCACAGUCCAGGCGGCUGCUCUGGAGAAGGCCUGUUUCGACUGAAACAGAACAGGUAAACUUUCAACUCGAGUAGGAACUGUUUCCGUGUGGAACUUGAGUAGGAACUGUUUCCGUGUAGAGUAGAAACUGAGACUUAACUAGGAACUUGAGUAGGAACUGUCUAUAAUACAUUAGGAACUUGAGUAGGAACUGUUUCCGUGUAGAGUAGAAACUGAGACUUAACUAGGAACUCGAGUAGGAACUGUUUCCGUGUAGGGAGUGUAGUAGUACUUCAUUAAAUAUCUAGUACUAGUUUGGUUCCUCUGGUUGGUUGCUGUGAUGAAUGCGCUUAAAUUGCUGUGUCUUAAACGUUUUAGAGUUUUUUAGAAUUGAUUUGAUGUGUAAUGAAUGUCUGUGAACAAGUUGUUGUCUAAUUAAGUGUAAUGAAUGUUUGGUAGUUAGGAAACCACCCGUAACUCAAACGCAAGUAGUUCUUUAAAAAAUACAUAAUCCUUUUUAAAACUUCUAACAAACAACAAAACACAACCCCAAACCAAAAUGGAUACGUUUUCACAAAGUUCUCCCGGUUUUGUGAACCUAUUAUCUUCCCAGUCCAGUAAAACCGUAGAAGUAGGGUCGUCUGAGGUUCCUAAACCGGCUGGUGAAAGGAGAAAGUGGACGACUCAAGAAGACAUUAUCCUCAUCAGUGCCUGGUUAAACACAAGCAAAGAUCCCAUAGUUAGUAACCAGCAGAAACUAGGGUCGUUUUGGAGAAGAAUAGAGGAUUACUUUAAUGCAAGCGCUCAGCUAGGUGGCUUUCUACCUAGAGAGUGGAGUCAGUGUAAGCAGAGGUGGGGAAGGGUGAAUGAACAAGUGUGUAAAUUUGUGGGAAGCUAUGAGGCAGCAUUGAAGGAGCAAUCAAGUGGGCAGAACGAGAACGAUGUCAUGAAGUCAGCUCAUGACAUCUUCUUUAACGACCACCAGGCGAAGUUUGCACUUGAACACGCGUGGAGGGAGCUGAGGUAUGAUCAGAAGUGGAGAUCGAACUCUAUAUCAAGAGAUGGUGGAAAGGCGAAAAUGAAGGAAGCUGCGGAGACGGUGCCUGACUCGGAUGAGGCUAGGCCUCCUGGCGUUAAGGCUUGCAAAGCAGCCAAACGCAAGAAGCCUGGCAAUGAAGCUGCAUUUGAUCGCCUGGAGAUCAUUCUAGAGAAGAAACAGAAUAUUUCGAAACAGAAAAUACUUGAUCGUCUCCUCUCUAAGAACAUAGCUACUCUAACUGAAGCUGAGGUCGCUUUGAAGGACAAACUUGUUUCUGAGAUGCUUUAGGUUGUUUAGUUGAAAAUUUCUUGAACUCUUUGUUUGCUUCUUUACUUGCUUUGAUAAUUUUACAACUGCUUUUGUUGACUUGAAACUUAUAUUCUUCUGUGUUAUUUUGCAGGUGAAAGGAUCUGUGGGGCCGUUGGUCACGGGCAUAUGGGAGAUAAAGUCUGGACUUGAUGGGUUUUGUAGGUGUCACGGGUAUUGUAGUAGUAGUAGUUCACGGGUUGUUCAUGUAGUUGUAGUACUACAUGUAUCUUUUGGGUCGCAGCAGGUCAGUGUUUGUACUAGACACUAGUGAUGAACUUGGUGUCACGGAUUGUAAUAUGAAGUGUAGUAUUUUGUUUGUCUCUACACUUCACGGGACUUGUAAAAGUUUGUUAUAAAAAGGACAAGUAUUUCAUGUCUCUCAUAUAUGUUCUCUUCUCUCUAACAUGUGUUUAUGUUCUCUUCUCUCAAAUGCCAAAGCAUAGUUCUCUUCUCUGUAUCUACAAAUCAUAGUUCUCUCAAGGUCGAUACCCCUCCAUCUUGUUCUCUCAAACCAUCCGCCUUACUCUUGUUCUCUCAAACCAGCUGCCUCACUCUUGUUCUGUCGAACCAGCCAACCACUAGACACUCGCCGACUACAAAAUCGAGUGACCAAGUAAAAUCUAAAAUUCUUUGUUUUGUUAUCUAUAGUCUGUAAUUAAUGUUCCACAUAUAAGUUAUAAUUAAAAACGAAAAAAUGAAAUUCCAAGAUUUAUUGAAAAAAAAAAAUUAAGGUUCCACAUAUAAGUUAUAAUUAAAAACGAAAAUAUGACAUUCCAAGAUUUAUUUUUUUUUUUUAAUUAAUGUUAUAAUUAAAAACGAAAAUAUGAUAUUCGUAGAGAUAUUUAAAAUAUUUGUUUUUUUCAGUUAUGACAUCCUCAGAGUCAGAUGGCGUUGAUGAAGCCUUUGAAGAUAUGUUUGACGAAGAAUUUGAUAAUAUCAUCGACUCCCUACUAGAUGUUCAAACCAACAAGCCCAAAAAAAGAGCUUAUAUUGAAAGAGAUCGGGAACAAGGACACAUUCAACUAUGGAACGACUAUUUCCACGAAAAUCCCACUUACCCGCCGGUGAUGUUUAGGCGGCGUUUUCGAAUGAACAAACCCUUGUUCCUCCGCAUUGUUGAUCGCCUUACUACUGAAGUUCCAUACUUUCAGCAAAGAAGAAAUGCUCACGGCAGGUACGGCCUAUCACCACUUCAAAAAUGUACUGCAGCUAUACGUAUGCUCGCAUAUGGUCAAUCUGGAGAUACGUAUGACGAAUAUCUUCGACUUGGUGAAAGUACUGCACUUUUAUGUUUAGAACAUUUCACUAAUGGGAUAGUACAAUUGUUUGGAGUUGAGUAUCUAAGAACACCAACACCGGAAGAUCUUCAACGAUUACUCGACAUUGGCGAGAAGCGCGGGUUUCCCGGGAUGAUAGGCAGCAUUGAUUGUAUGCAUUGGCAGUGGAAGAACUGUCCAACGGCUUGGAGAGGCCAAUACACCCGUGGUUCAGGAAAACCAACAAUUGUCUUAGAGGCUGUGGCAUCAGAAGAUCUUUGGAUAUGGCACGCAUUUUUCGGAUUACCAGGUACCCUCAACGAUAUCAAUGUUCUUGAUCGGUCACCAGUUUUUGAUGAUAUACUGCAAGGUCGAGCCCCUAAAGUUAAAUUCAAGGUCAACAACCACACUUACCGUAUGGCGUACUACCUUACUGACGGAAUUUAUCCGAAUUGGUCAACAUUUAUCCAAUCCAUCCCACUUCCUCAAGGUCCUAAAGCUGAGCUAUUUGCCCAACGUCAAGAAUCCACCAGAAAAGAUGUCGAACGUGCUUUCGGGGUUUUGCAAUCGAGGUUUGCAAUAGUUAAAAACCCUGCUCUACUAUGGGACAAGGAAAAGAUAGGGAAAAUUAUGAGAACUUGUGUCAUAUUGCACAAUAUGAUAGUGGAGGACGAACGAGACGGAUACAGUCUUACUGAUACAUCUGAGUUCGAGUCAGGAGAGUCAAGCAGAGGUUCGAAGGUCAAAACGAGAGAAAGUUUGCAUGCACAUAAUAUGCUAGGCAUGCGCAAUGAACUUCGGGAUUCAGGAAAACAUGAUAGGUUGAAAGCUGAUUUAGUUGAAAAUGUAUGGCAAAAAUUCGGUAAUGAAUAAUCUUUCUAUGUUCAUCAAUUAUCAAUGUAAUGAAUAAAAUUUUAUAAAUUAUUAUAUUUUAUUCAUGUAUUAAAAAAAAAAUCAAAACUAAAUUUUUUUAAAAAAACUAUUAUUUUAGUUCCUAUGAACCCCUUCUUCGGGUUCACUAAUGGAGAAGUACAAAAUCAAGAAGUUCAUCACUAUUCAUGGUCCCACCAUAAAUAUAUUAAAAAAUUGGUAUGAACCCCAAAGGGGGGUUCACCAAUGUAGAUGCUCUUAAUGUCACACUUCUACAGAGGUCCGUCGUUGGCUUUUAGUUCUCCAUAUU